GCGGUGGGGGUGGCGGGUUUGAGCUCUCUCACUUUCUGGCCGAUCCUUCUCCGAGUUCUCCUGAGCAGCCAGAGAGUACAAGCAGUUUAAGGAGGCAUGUCGCAGCAUCCCUCAUGCAACAUCAUCGAUCCAUUGAAAGAAAUAAUCGUGCCAUACAGCCUGUUUCCCCGGCAAGUUAUGGAAGUUCGAUGGAGGUAACUCCAUAUAACCCAGCAAUCACUCCUUCGAGUUCUUUAGACUUCAAAAGAAGAGUUAAUGAGCCACAUUACAGCCUCAAAACAUCAACAGAACUUCUGAAAGUAUUAAACCGUAUUUGGAGCUUGGAAGAGCAGCAUGCAUCCAAUAUAUCACUGAUAAAAGCAUUGAAGAUGGAGCUUGAUCAUUCCCGAGUCCGGAUUAAGGAGUUGCUUCGGGACCAACAAGCUGAUCGACACGAGAUAGAUGCUUUGAUGAAGCAAAUUUCGGAAGAUAAACUAGCUCGGAAGAAUAAGGAACAGGAUCGAAUUCUUGCUGCUGUUCAGUCAGCAAGAGAUGAGCUAGAAGAUGAGAGGAAGCUAAGAAAGCGUUCAGAGAGCCUACACCGUAAGCUAGCUCGAGAACUUUCUGAUGCAAAAUCUUCUCUAUCUCAUGCCUUGAGAGAGCUGGAAAAGGACAGAAAAUCAAGGAAAUUGUUGGAAGAUCUCUGUGAUGAAUUUGCCGUUGGUAUAAGAGACUAUGAACAUGAGGUUCAUUCAUUGAAACAAAGGUAUGACAAGGAUUGGGCUGGAGGAUCUGAACGGGACCGUUUGAUUCUCCAUAUAUCUGAAUCAUGGCUUGAUGAGAGGAUGCAGAUGAAGUUCGAAGAAGCCCAAAGUGGUUCAGCAGAAAAGAGCUCGAUUGUAGACAAAUUGAGCCUCGAAAUCGAGACAUUCCUUCAAGCUAAGAGGAAGGACGCCCUUAAGAGCAUCGACAGCAUUACCAAGGAACGGCGAAAUUCACUUGAAUCUGUUCCUCUGAAUGAGGUUGUAAGUGCGCCUCAAGAUCUGGGUGAUGAAGAUGAUUCUGAUGGAAGUGAUUCUAAUUGUUUUGAGCUGAAUCGACAAACCCAUGGUGAGUUUAAGGCAUAUAUGGAUGAAGCGUCAGAAGAUCCUGCUGAUGACAAAGUCGAAAUAGAGCUAACCAAGAAAAAACGCGCACCUCGUGGGAGGAGGAAAGCUCAGAAUUCAUCCAGUGUUCAGGCUAAGUCUGAAAAAGCUGGUACCACAAGGGAUAAAAGGGCUGAUGGAAACCCAGCCGAGGUUACCGUUACCCACAAAUUGGACAACCAUGAAGCUACGGAUGAGUUUAGCCACGAAAGAAAGAACAAAUCUGAAGUCCGCAGUUUAACGGCAAAUUCCAUGCUGGAUGACUUCAUAAAGAAUCAAUUAAAGUUGUCGAGUGGAGGUUCUGUCCAUCCUGAUGUCGACUUUGGGGAGGCUUCAUGCAGUAACUCUGCAUGGAGGACUCAGGCGAGUCCAGUACGACCAUGGAUGGUGAAACAGUCGUCUAACGAUCCAGAUGUAUCGGAGUCAUCAUCGAAACUGCCGCCUGUCAUAAAGGAGAAUACAUUGAAAGCGAAGCUUAUGGAAGCAAGGUCAAAGGGGCAGCGCUCACGGUUAAGAGCUGCCAGAGGUUUCUCAUAGGUGUAAAGCAGUUUGUAUGAGGAGGAACCCGCGAAUAGAGGCUGUGGCUGUCAGUCAAUGUCCCAGAUUCCUAGCCUGUGAAUAUCACUCUCAAUACUCUCGACUGUGAUUAUGGUUCUCCGUGUUUUUUUUUUUUCUUCUGAUGAUGCGUUCUAUUUUUUGUUUAAGAGAAUGAAUCGCCCUUGUAAUACCAAUAUGGAGCAAUACAGAAAUGAGUAUUUAAGAAAUGGAAUCUAGAGAAAUUCAGAGUCUGUAUUGGUCACAUUAUGGUCCAUUGAGGUUCCUUUCAUGGUGCACUGCUGGUUGGAAUCGUCCAUGAUGCGGAAGAAUACGAGAGAAUCACGUACUUUCUGAA